AUGUCUCUAUUCAAAUUCUUCUCGUUCUGCCUUCCCUCCCGUCAAUCGAAGAGAACUCUUGUAUUGGAUUUACCCACUGUAGCAGUGUCGCCGCCAAGUCCUACAAUCCAGGAUUCUUUCUUAUUGGACAUGCCUGAUCUGGUAAUGAGAGAAAUUGUAAAGAAUCUUGAUUUUUUGACAAUCCAACAGCUUCGAAAAACAUGCUAUUCACUUCGGGAAUUCGUUGCUAAUGUGAAAGUAGAUAGCAGAUUGAAGGAUUUCAAGAUAGAAAUGACUGGGGACACAAUAUUAGGAUCAGCGACAGUACACAUGAAAGGAGAUCCAUCAACCAAAUUUAUCAAGUCGAAUUACACGGAUAAUGAGGAUAAUUGUGAAGUGAAAACUCGCGGUCGCAACAUAAUUAUUAAUGGAAACUUUGCCGAUGUGUUUUCUGAAGAUUUUCUUAUUCCAAUGCUGAAAAACCAAAGGUCGGUGUUGGAAAAGCUACAAUUGGGACAAUGUGAAUUUGUUUUUAAACAAGGUCAAGAAGUUCACGAGCCCGGAUUAUUCGAGAAUGUCUUUGAUAGCUUGAUGAAAGUUCUGAAGUCAAGGGAUCGCCAAUUGCAAAUUGAGGAUCUGAAAGUUUAUGUAUUUGGACAAGACCAACUAAUGCAAUUGCUUCAUUAUAUCGAUCUGAAGUCAUUGAAACGUUUGGAAAUAACGCGAUUGGUGGAUACCUGGAAAGAUCUGAAGAACGAAUUGAUGCUGGAUCUUAGUGUGCUGGAAAUCUUUGAAAAUCUGAAAGAGCUCCGUGUAAACAACUUCACCAUCUCCUCACCACUCCGUUCUAUUGCUCAUGUGCCUGAGCUCCAUGUUCAUAUGCAUACAAUUUGCUGUGACGAUGUGCUGAAAUACCACGAGGAUGCUUUCUUAUUGAACAUGCCGGAUCUGGUAAUGAGAGAAAUUUUGAAGAAUCUUGAUUUUCUGUCAAUUCUACGACUCCGAAAAACAAGCUAUUACCUUCGGGAAUUUGUUGAUAAUGUGAAAGUCGAUAGCGGAUUGAAGAAUUUCAAGAUAGAAAUGACCAGUGACACAAUGUUUGGAUCAGCGACAGUACUCAUACAAGGGUAUUCGUCAUCAAAAUGUAUCGAGUCAAAUUACAUAGAAAGUGAAGAUGGGUGUGAAGUGAAAGCUGGCUGUUGCAGCAUAAUUAUCAACGGAAACUUUGUCGAUGUGUAUUCUGAAGACUUUCUUAUUCCAAUGCUGAAAAACCAAAAGUCGGUGUUGGAAAAGCUAGAGUUGGGACGACGUGUUAUCGCUCGUAAUAACGAUCUGAGUGUUGAAAUAGCAGAGAAAGUGUUUGAUUGUUUGAUGAAAGUUCUAAAGUCAAGGGAUCGUCUACUGCAAGUUAAGGAUCUGAGAGUUUAUGUAUUUGGACAAGACCAACUGAUGCGAUUGCUUCAUCAUAUCGAUUUGAAGUCAUUAAAACGUUUGGAAGUGUGGCAAUUGAUGGAAAUCCCAACUCAUCCGGAAAAUAAUGUUAAAUUGAUGCUGGAUCUAAAUCUACUAGAAUGCGCUGAAAAUCUUAAAAAGCUCAGUGUAUGCAACUUCACCAUCUCCUCACCCCUCCGUUCUAUUGCUCAUGUGCCUGAGCUCCGUGUUCAUAUGCAUACAAUUCACUGUGAUGAAGUGCUGAAAUUCCACGAAACACUCCGAACAACGAAUUUUCUGCGCAAAUCGUUAAUUUAUCACAAGCAUUUUCCCGACAAGCUUCGUUUCAUAAACACACUUCGACCAUCAAGAGAUGUAACUCUGUUUUAUGAUGCGAUAUCUCAAAAAAUUCAUCUGUGGCACAAUGCUUUUGCCUUAUUUUACUGUUAUAACUAA